AUGUUCUACAUCAUCGGUCUUGGGCUCUGCGAUGAAAAAGAUGUCACCGUUCGUGGACUCGAAGCCAUUAAAAGCUCUUCACGCGUAUACUUGGAAGCUUAUACCAGCAUCUUGAUGGUACAAAAAGACAGACUGGAAGCAUUCUACGACAAACCACUGAUACUCGCCGAUCGGGACAUGGUGGAAACGGAGAGCGAUGAAAUAUUAGCCAAUGCAGACAGGGAGGAUGUAUCCCUGUUGGUUGUUGGGGAUCCGUUUGGGGCAACAACGCAUACCGACAUCAUCCUUCGUGCUCGCAGCCUGGGCAUCCCUACCCGUGUGAUCCACAAUGCAUCGAUAAUGAACGCAGUGGGCGCAUGCGGCCUCCAGCUCUACAACUUUGGCCAGACUGUCUCCCUCGUCUUCUUCACAGAGACAUGGAAACCUGACAGUUUCUAUGAUAGAAUCAAGGAGAACGCAGAUCUCGGACUGCACACGCUCGUGUUGCUGGAUAUAAAGGUCAAGGAGCAGAGUGAGGAGAAUCUGGCUCGGGGUCGGAAGAUCUACGAACCAUCUCGAUACAUGUCGAUACGACAAGCGGUUUCUCAACUUAUAGAGAUCGAGUCUGUAAGGCAGACGGGUACGUUAUCUCCUGAUACGACACUUGCAGUUGCGCUUUCUCGCGUUGGCGGUGGAAGCGAUAAUCAGAGGAUCGUCGCUGGUACCCUGACCGACUUGGUAAACCAUCGAGAAGAUGCGUUUGGAGAUUCUCUGCAUAGUCUCGUCAUUGUCGGCAAACGACUUCACCACCUGGAGGUGGAGUAUGCCCAGGACUUUGCUGUUGAUACCGAGAGAUGGAGAACGACGGCGAAGCAGGUCUACGGAUGCGCACUGGAUCCAUGAGGAGCAGGUUUAUAGCUGCAUACGUUUUAGCAUAUGGUGUUGAAGCUAACCGCUCGCAUCUUUGCCCUUGACCUACGAUCUAUUACUCGAAUGGACUAUCACAUGGGAACAAUGUCUGUCUAUCUCUUUCAGUGGUAUUC